AUGUGUCAUCUCCAUCGAAAUAUUCAGCAGAUUCAUUCGGAACAGUCCAGUAAGCAUGAAAAAUCAUUUACAGUGUACCGCGGACAAGGCUUGUUAGUGGUAGAUUUCGAAAAACUGAGAAAAGCGAAAGGCGGACUGCUCUCAUUCAAUAAUUUCUUGUCCACGAGCAAAGAUGAGAAAGUCGCGUCUAUGUUCGCUGAGAGCAACUCAGCCGAUGUUAGUUUAUUCGGCAUACUCUAUAAAAUUAAUGUGACGGAAUCAUCGGCUCCUUAUGCUUUUCUACGAGGUGGCCUCAGUCAUCAUUCGAACGAAAAAGAAGUUCUCUUUUCGAUGCAUACUGUUUUUCGUAUUGGUGAAAUUGAACAAAUUGGAGAUAAUAACCGGCUUUGGCGCGUCAAUCUCACUGCGACUCAUGACAGAGAUCCGCAGCUUAGCGCUCUUACUGAUCGAUUGGAGGAAGAGACUCAAAGAGGAUCGAAAGGAUGGUCUCGACUGGGCAAAGUGCUACUUAAACUUGGUGAAGCCCAUAAGGCCGAACUAUUAUACCAGUUAUUACUCAAUGAAGAAUCUAAUGAAACCGAAAAAGCCGUUUUUUACAGCCAAAUUGGAUACUGUAAAGUUGAACAAGGAAAAACGGGUGAAGCAGUCAAGUUUUACAAAAAAGCAGUUGAAAUUGGGGAGAAAAAUCUCCAUCCAUAUGAUCACGUUUUGGCGAUUUUUUAUAAUAAUCUGGCCUCGGCGUGUGGAAGAAUAAGUGAGCAUUCCAAAGCAUUGACUCUAUAUAGCAAAGCCCGGGAAAUAUAUGAAAAGAAACUGGAUGAUAAAAAUGAAUUAUUAGCAAUGACUUAUAAUAAUAUGGCUUUCACUUACGAUUGUAUGGGCCACUAUGACAAGGCUUUAUUGUUCUAUGAAAAACAGCUAGAUAUCAGCGAACAUAUUCUUCCUUCAAACCAUCCCGACUUGGCGACUACUUACAGCAGCGUCAGCUUAGUAUACAACAAUAUGGAUAAACAUGCUGAAGCGCUCGAUUAUAUAAAAAGAUCGCUUGAAAUUCAGGAGAAGAUGCUUCCACCAAAUCAUCCUGAUUUAGCUACUAGCUACAAUAACAUUGGUUUAGUGUAUGUUAGUUCAAAAAAUUAUUCAGAAGCACUUCCGUUCUAUCAAAAAGCUUUGACAAUCCGGGAAAAAAUCAAUCCGCCAAACUAUUCCGAUUUAGCUCAAUCCUAUAACAAUAUGGGAGACUAUUACCACCAACAUGAGAAAGAUUAUCCUAAAGCACUUUCCUUCUAUAAAAAAACGCUCAAAAUUCGACAAAAUGCUGACCUUCAAAACCCACAUGAUUUAUAUAUCUGUUAUAAUAACAUUGCUCUAGUGCAUACCGACAUGAAUAAGCAUUAUGAAGCGCUUUUCUUGUUUAAAGAAGCAGAGAAAUUCCUGGAGAAAGCCGUUCGUAAAGAUCAUCCUGAUUAUGGUAUCUUAUACAGCAACAUCGGAGGUACACUGACAAGAAUAGGUGAUUAUCGAGCAGCACUUUCAUAUUGCAGCAAGGUAUUAGAAAUUCGAAAAAACCUAUUGCCUGCAAACGAUCCCAAACUAUUAAUGUGGUAUUAUAGAAUCGCAAUACUGUGGUACAAAUUAACGAAUCAGAGAUAA